CGGAGCAAACGUGGAACUAAUUCAUUCAAGAACGAGUUCAUCAAAUUGUGUUGUUUGGAGUUGCAUUGUCUCCAUUAUUUUGCGUGUAACAAGGCCAAUUUCCUAGAUCGGCUGGGUCUGAAACUAUGCAUCUAUUUACGUGAAUUAACAAUUGAUGAGAAUAUGGAUGAUGAAAUAAUGACCUCGUGUCAGAAGGGGGUGCUCGAAGUCGGCCUCAUGGCCAGGGCCCAGGUGCUGGUCAAUACAAGGAGCCCAUCUGGUCAUCGAUUCCCACCCACCCCUUUUCCACUUCUUUCCUACUUCUAUCGUCACGAAAUGGCCCUGUUCACCGACCACCCGUUCAGACAUGUCAUCAAAGGCAUUCUAGCCCUGGCGAUGGGGCAUCUGAUCAUGAAAAUGAUGCCCCACUCGAUUCAGGUUAUUCACCUGACUCAAACAUCAGUAACGGUUUUAGCGAUCGGGGCACUUAUCUUAUUGGUAGUGAAACACCACAGAACUCAGGGGGAAGACAGAGUCUUGUCGCAAUCGCAGGAGGAGUUGAUUUUGAUUGCGGCCUUGGGGGCGUUUUGGCUCGCGUUUCUCUUGGCUAUGCGCGCAUGGAACCAGAGUAGUGUCGAUAUUGAUCUGGCACACCCACGCCACAUGUUCCAGGCGAGCACUGGCGAGGCCCAAAGUAAUGUCGUUGGUGCUGGCAGCCGAGGAGGUGCCGCAGCGGCUCAGGGCAUGCCGCCUGCAGUGUCAUCGGAACGGCUCCAAGGCGCAGCAAGCUACAUCCGACAGUCUUACAAGCCUCAAGCCGGGUUCCGUAAACCCCACCCGUGCAACCCGAACGACGCGUACUGUGUCGUCGAGGAGUGGACCUUUUACUGAGGGGACAUGAAAAUAUACGAUCCUGAUGUUUCUUGGACGAGUUUUGUGUAGAUUGGGAUCUAACGAGGUGUACCGCUAGUUUUCGAGUGCAUAUCUCUUGUUUUUUAUAUGGCGUUGUUGUAGUCGAGUGGACUCCAGGAGAGUAUCAAUCAGAAUAUUAAUGAGUUUGAUCAUUCCCUGGAGGUAUCGGCCGGUAUCGGCACUUGAAAUGAAUAUUAUCUCCGACUCUCCAUCGGCAUCGGGAGGGUAUCGGCAGGAUCUGU